AUGGCAAGGACUGCUAGUAAUAGUCUACUAAAUUACAAAAACAAUAACAUUAACACUCAUAUGAUGGACGUAGGAACUUCAAACUCUGAAUUUACAACCGAUAGUAACAUCAUCAAAUCUUCAAUUGUCACUGAUCAUAGGAAGCAGAGUG